CUCAUGGAUACGGUGGCAUUGGUGCAACAGCAAAAGCAAGCGCUCGACGGUGAUCACCAGGGUAAAAGAGAGCAGGACCACGUGAAUGGUACUGUUGUGUCUGCCGAGAGUCACGCGGUCAACAGGUUUUCCCGCGGGACUGAGCGCUCGGCGAGGAAAACCGCGGUCGUCGCUCCGGGCAGUGGUAGCAUUGGAGAUUCCUCUACACAGUGCAGUGACGUAAACGACGAUGCCGACGAGGAAGAGGAGACGGAUGUCGAAGAAGGCGGCUGGAUCACGAAUCUGCCGGUAUCGUCGACCAUCGUCCAGCGGCAACCAGCCUUCGCCACCACGAAUGGCGAUAUCGUCCUACCAAACGCUGAUCAGCCGGCUUUCGGCGAUGUCCGAGUGCAGUACUCGAAGAAUGUGCGUCUGAUUAACCAGACCUGCUACAAUGGCCCUAUUACUUUAAAGCAGCAGUUUGUUUGCACGAAUCCUACUCCGAAUCAGGAUGCGAGCCGCGCCUCCAACAAUACAUCGGAUUUAUCGACGAGUAAAGACAACGGAGCUCCAAACGGAUGCGUCUUUCCGCAAAAUACUAAAUUAAAUAAAG